GUCCAAUAGAAAGCCAGUGGUGUCACUUCCUGCACAGUGAUUGGUUGCGAGUUCCAGAUUGGGCGGGAGCUGUCAAAUGCAACAGCUUGCUGAGGAAGUAGAAACAACCGGCGCUGGCGGCGAUGCUGUGACAUCACACUACAAGACGUCCAAUGACAGCACUCGGAUUAUGGCGGCGGGUGGGGCACCACACAGGGCGGACCAAUGAGGAGCAGGGACAGCCAUGACGGACAGGGACAGGGUGGGAUGGCGGAGCAGGGGGUUAGGAGAAGGGACAUAGGCCAGGCGGGGGUGAGACAGGUGGAGAGGGGGGAGACAGGAGGUGAGUCAGUUGUGGUGCCCCCGCUGCCUGUCUUCCUGUUCCCCUCUGAGCUGGUGUUCUACUCUGGACAGAGAAACUCACACAGGAGAGUUUUAACUCUGUACAACCCCUACAGAUUCAGGAUCAGCUUCAAGAUGUUGUGUACUGCUCCCUCGCUCUACAGAGUGGUGGAGGCAGAGGGGGGCGUCCGAGCCCAGUCCUGUGUCGACCUGGUGGUGCGUCACCUGGACGUCUCCCCUCGGAACUGGGGCCGCAGAGACCGGUUCCGCAUGGAGGUCAGAGGAGGGGGUCAGGUGGGAGAACGGGAGAUCUGGGCCGAGCUGAGAGGAGGAGAGGAGGGGGGAGGAGGAGGAGAGGAAGAGGAGGAGAGAAAGAGGAGGAGUAAGGGAGGAGGAGGCCAGCAGAGGGCGCUGACUCCUCUGUCUCCUCUCCUGGUGCCGACACAAACACACCUGCAGCUGCCCACCUGUUCAGCUGUGCGCAGUGUAUCUCAGUGGGUAGUGUGUGUGAUGGUGGCAGUGCUGUGCGUCGCAGUGUUGAUGCUCCCCCUCGACACUGAGAGCAGCUCGGUGGUUCCAUGCUGCCUGCACGUCUCCACCAAUCAGAAACUGGCCUGCGCCUACACACUGGGUCUUCUCACCAUGGUGUUUCUGCGGUAACCAGUGACAUCAUGCUGUCGCCGCCGCCUCCUCUGUUUGAGUGACAGCUACUUCGUCACCAUAGCAACAGAGUCUACCAAACCCUUCCUGACCUCUGACCUCCAGACAGACUGUCUUCAUGAACUCAACACACAUGAAUGUAGUUCGACAGCUGAAUGAGGACAAGACUGCCCGUCUCAGUCAGCAUCAAGACCUGCAGACCAGAUCCAUCCAGAGACCCUCAGACCCUCAGACCCUCAGACCUUCAGACCCUCAGACCUUCAGACCCUCAGACCUUCACACCUUCAGACUCAU